UCAGAAGCAGGCAUGCUGUCCAUGCUGCGCAGGAUAUUUCGGAGGGAGAAUAGAAUACAGACAGAGAUCAGGCCUAGGCAGAAGAGGCAGAAGGAGGCUGGUCUUCUGUCAUGUUGGCAUUUAAGAAGGAGGAACUGGUCAUGGGGAAGGCACAGGUCUGUUGGGAAGGCAUCAUCACAACCGUCCAACAUCAAUGAGGAGGAGCAGAGAAUGAAGAGGUUGGACAAGCUCAAAGGGGAUCUCCAGAAGAUGGAAAAUGAGAGAGACAUACUCCAGGAAAACCUGGCCCAUUACACUAACCAGGAUUUGAAUGACAGGAACAACUUUGAGUCAUUCAUGCUUAAUAUGCAAUACACCGAAAUGAUGACCAACCUCAAAAAAAUGCCACAAGAGCUCAGUGUGGCCUUGUCCAAGUGCAAGGAGCUAAGUAAAGAAAAUCAAAUGUACUGGAUGAGGAAUAAACACUUCCUGGGUGAAUAUAACCAUCAAAAGCACAAAGUCAAGAUGUUGUGGACUGAGAACAGACAUGUGCUACGGGAGCAGAUUGCACUGGAAGAGGACACCAAGUUAACAAACAUUUUGUGUAUAAAAGCCUUCAAGAUAUUGUAUGACCUACUACCAAGCAGCAGCAGGUCUGAAAUAUUGCAACAGGAGCUCGAAUGGGGCACAGACCCUAUCAAGAUCUCCCUCAGACACAACUCCUCACCAGGAGCACUGAGUGUGGAAAGCAAGUGA